AUGUUGGGUCAUUUACAUAUAAUACUCCCUCUGGUUUCAGUCUCUUCGCUUGGACCUGGAGGCUUCAUGGCUCUUCUUUCUGUCGUCCUUAAACACAAAUGCUCAAUCAAAAGGUCCUCUUUGUCUCUAUCUUUUUGCUUAUUCCCCAACAUAUCCUCCUCCCUCUUCUCUACACACUGCAGAGGCCACCCCUUCUCACCACCACCCCCGCCAGCCACUCCUCCGCCAGUCCCAAAGAAAGUCCCCUUCACAGUCUCAGUUCAUGGGAGAUCGUGGCAAGACCCCUACCACUGGAUGUCCAACACCAACGACCCUGAUCUCUCUGAGUAUCUUAACAAAGAAAACGCAUAUUCUGAAGCUUUCAUGGCUGACACUGGCAACCUGCAACGCACUCUCUUCUCUGAGAUGACACGUCGGAUGCCCACCAAGAUUUCCACUCCUCCUGAGCGCUGGGGACCCUGGUUGUAUUACCAAUACAUUCCAGAGGGGCAGGAAUACCCGGUUCUUUGUAGAAGAUUAGAAGUUGAAAAACUUAAUUGGGUUAAGACUUUUCUCCGUUAUGUGCAUGUUGGUACAUGUCGAAUUUCACCAGACCACCUUUAUCUAGCUUACACACUGGAUACUAAGGGUAAUGAACGGUUCAUGCUUCAAAUUAAGGACCUAAGAAGCGGAUGUAUUAUCCCCAAUGUACGAGUUGAUGAUGUUGUUAGCUUGGCAUGGGCCCAAGAUGGGAGAACUCUGUUCUAUACACUAUCAGAUGAGACUCAACGACCUUACAGAGUAUGCUGCUCAAAACUAGGAUCUGAUGAUAUUGAAAAUAUCACUGUAUUUACAGAAAGUAAUCCCAGCUUCUGUGUGGAUAUAGCAAGCACAAAAGAUGGCAAGUUUAUUACUGUUUAUUUGAUAGAUGCUGCCAACCCAUUAGAUGGUUUGCAGAAAGUUUGGAAGCGUGUUUCUGGUGUACAGUUUUUUCUGGAACAUCACCACGGAUUAUUUUAUGUUCUUACAAAUGCUCCUUUGAGUGAAAGUAAAAAGUGGUCUGGUGAAGGUUAUUACCUAGCCAGCUGCCGUCGUCAAGAUCUAUUAUCAUCUAAUUGGCAGAAUAUCUUCCUUCCAAGUAAAGAUUUUAGCAUACAAGAUAUGGAUAUGUUUGAUGGACAUCUGGUCCUUUCUCUCAGUAAGAAGGGUUCUUCUAUGUUUUGUUCCAUUGAUUUGCCUAUCGAUGUUGAUUGUAAGCACCUUUUGGAGCCUGAAGAUCUUAAUGCAUGGUUUUUCCCUAUGCCCCCAAAUUCAUGUACUGUUGUUUCAGGUUCGAACCAUGAUUUCCAGAAAUCAGUAUACCGUGCGGUGCUUUCGUCUCCUGUGAUGCCUGAUGUAGUUGUUGACUACGACAUGUCAAGCAGGAGAUUCUCAAUUGUGCAGCAAGAGGAAGUGAUACAUUUUUGUGAUAGAACAUGCCCACCAACUAAUCAGCUAGAUAUGAAUCAAACUUUUGACACACAAUAUGAGAAGGAAGAAGAUGUGCAGAUAAGUGAAUGGCGGAGAUGGAAGGACUAUUCUGAUACAUAUUGUUGUCAGAGGAGGGAAGUUAUUUCCCAUGAUGGUGUUAGAGUUCCUUUGACCAUAUUGUACUCUCAUACAACCUGGCGUAAGGAUCAGUCGCCUGGCCUUCUACAAGGCUAUGGAGCAUAUGGGGAGGUUUUAUGUGGAAGCUGGUGUGCAGAGCACAUGAGUUUACUUGAUCGGGGAUGGGUUGUGGCAUUUGCUGAUGUGAGGGGUGGUGGUGGAGAUUCUUCAUGGCAUACAUCUGGCAGUGGGUCGUAUAAAUUGAAUUCAGUCUAUGAUUUUGUAUCAUGUGCAAACUACCUGAUUAAAGAGGGCUAUGUACAUAAAGAUCGGCUUGGUGCUAUUGGACAUAGUGCUGGAGGUCUUCUUGUCGGGGCAACUAUCAAUAUGUACCCAGACCUCUUUCGUGCUGCUAUUUUGAAGGUUCCAUUUCUUGAUAUAUGCAACACUUUAAUGGAUCCGAGUUUGCCUCUCACCAUUCUGGAUUAUGAAGAAUUUGGAAAUCCUCAAAUACAGUCCUCAUUUGAGCAUAUCUUCAGUUAUUCACCUUAUGAUAACAUUUCUCAAGGCAGUUGUUACCCUUCAAUGCUUGUUACAGCGUCUCUUCAUGACUCAAGGGUUGGGUUUUGGGAAGCUGCCAAAUGGGUGGCCAAAGUUCGAGAUGGUACAUGUCCUGGUUGUUCUAGUUCAGUCAUUCUGAAGACAAAUAUGGCUGGAGGGCAUUUUGGCGAAGGUGGACGGUAUCAUCAGUGUGAGGUAGCUGCUUAUGAUUAUGCGUUUCUAAUCAAAGCUAUGGGGAUGCUGAGGACUGAAAAACAAGACAUGCAAUGCACUGUGGUCACAAAAGAAUCAAAGGUAGGUUUCACUGAAGUCCCUGGUGGAGAGUGA